UUCAAUUCAUUUUCCCAUUGCGCUUUCUGGAACCACACCCCCAAUCUUCUACUUCACUGAGUGAACUCGGAAGCUCGCCGAUUCUCCAAUGGCGCUUGCUCACUACUCGGUCGCCGUUCCCAUCGAAGCCUCGAAGCAUCCGAAGACUUCGAUCCUGAAACCUUCUGAGUCUCACUCUUCACUCUUCUUCUCCUCCGUUUCCAAACCUCGAAGCGUUUCAAUCUGUUCCGGAACCGGACGUAAAGUCAAUCACUUUCAUGCUCCGUCGGCUCAGGCCGAGCCGCAGGAGUCUCCGGCCAGUUUGGCCGCGGAGGCCUUCACUCAGUUCAAGCAUGUGCUUUUGCCGAUCACCGAUCGCAAUCCCUAUCUCUCUGAAGGAACAAGACAGGCAAUAGCUACUGCUGCUGCUUUGGCAAACAAGUAUGGGGCUGACCUUACUGUUGUGGUUAUUGAUGAGAAGCAGAAGGAGUCGAUUCCCGAGCAUGAAACGCAACUUUCGACUAUCCGCUGGCAUCUCUCUGAAGGUGGAUUCCAAGAAUUUAAGCUGUUAGAGCGACUUGGGGAAGGGGUCAACAAGCCAACAGCCAUCAUCGGUGAGGUUGCUGAUGACCUGAAUCUGGAUUUAGUUGUCAUAAGCAUGGAAGCUAUUCAUUCCAAGCAUGUGGAUGCAAACCUGCUUGCUGAGUUCAUUCCUUGCCCUGUCAUACUUUUGCCAUUGUAAUUGUAAUCACUUCUUUCCUCUGUUUUCUCAUAUCAGUCAUAUGUAACUGUAACUCAAGGAAUGACUCUUUUAGUAAUGCCAGUUUCUUGCGGCGGGUUCUUUGA